CAAAACAUUAUUUAUUUAUUCUUUUUUCCACAGCCAAAAAAUAAAAAUAAUAAUAAAUACAUAAAUUCUUGUUCUUGAUUCUUCAAGGAAGCAGCGUUGUUCGUCGAAGCUCACUUUCUUUGACCAUACUUCCCUCAUCUCUCUAUUUUCCACAGUCACACACACACACACACACACACACUAUAUGUACGUGUUUCUGUGUGCCGUUUUUUUCUUGAGGGGUUUAAAGAUUUUUAAUUAUUGCAAAAAGGGGUUUUCCAAAAAAGAUUUUCCCAGCCUUUGAAUUCAUCAAAGCUCGUGUCUUUGAAAGUAGGUAGAGAUCUUUGAACCAGACCCACCAUUUUUUUUUUCUCCAUUCACAUUCUUCAAGAAAACACACAGAACUUUCCCCGCUGUCUGAAAUUCUCGGUACGAGAAAAGAAUUCAAAAGCCAACGCCACCCUUCGCACACGUAUGUAUCAGUCGUGUUCGUGGGUUCAAUAAACCAACAUAUUCCAAUUCCAUCAAGCAUAUAUAGUAGGUGUGGAGUUGGUGGUCAUAUUCACAAACACUUGGUGUGCAUAGCAAAAAAGAAACUAAAUAAACAUAUACACAUCUGUAGCCUCACAAAUUAGCUGCGGCUCUCCCAUUUCUGGUGAGUAUUUUUUUUCAUUUACUUUGUUUAUGGAUUCAAUAUUGCAACAAUCUUGAUUUUUUUUUUUGUGCAGACGGUGGGGACCUAAAAAUUAGUUGAUGGGAUUAUCUCUAUCACUGCUAAUUUCAGCUUGGCAAGAAAUUGUGAAAAACACUCUGUUCGAUUUAGCUAUAGGUUUCCGAUUUGGGGGUGGGAAUCAAGAAAUGACCAUGACUAAAGGGAUCAACAGCAUGAGCAGAAAAAACUCGAUUAAGCUAAGGAACUGCGAACCCGUUAAACUCGUUCUCGGAACCUCGCUUUCAUUCAAGGACUUGGUUCCAGAAAUCAAAAACUCAGAUGCAAUUGCAAAUGAUAAUAUUACUGCUGCUUCUCAAUUCCCCGAGCCUGCGAUAAUGUUUUCGCCACGACCAAUUAACGAGCUCGACGAAGCUGCGGUUAAGCUCCAGAAGGUCUACAAGAGCUACCGCACUCGACGGAAUCUUGCCGAUUGUGCAGUUGUUGUGGAGGAGCUAUGGUGGAAAGCCUUGGACUUUGCAGCACUGAAACGAAGCUCCGUUUCGUUCUUCAAUGUCGAGAAGCCGGAAACCGCCGUUUCACGGUGGGCCAGAGCGCGAACCAGAGCAGCCAAGGUUGGAAAAGGGUUGUCGAAGGAUGAAAAGGCUCAAAAGCUAGCUCUACAACACUGGCUGGAAGCGAUUGACCCACGCCAUCGAUAUGGGCACAAUUUGCAUCUAUAUUACGACAUAUGGUUCCAAAGUGAAAGCGCACAACCUUUCUUUUACUGGUUGGAUGUCGGAGAUGGGAAAGAAGUGAACAUCGAGAAGUGCCCGAGGACCAGUUUGCAAAAACAAUGCAUCAAAUAUCUCGGACCGAAAGAGAGAGAAUCUUUCGAAAUCGAGGUUGAAAAUGGGAAGCUCGUGUACAAAGAAAGCGGUAUCUUAGUAGAUACAGUCGAGGGGUCGAAAUGGAUAUUUGUUCUUAGCACAACUCGAACUUUAUACGUAGGGCAGAAGAAAAAAGGGCUAUUCCAACAUUCGAGUUUCUUAUCUGGUGGGGCCAUCACAGCAGCUGGGAGAUUAGUAGCUCACGAGGGCGUUCUCGAGGCGAUUUGGCCUUACAGCGGUCACUAUCUUCCCACACAAGAGAAUUUCAGAGAAUUCCUUAGCUUCCUUGAGGAGCAUUGCGUCGAUCUUUCGAAUGUAAAGAAAUAUGCGACUGAUGAUGACUGUGCUCCCGUUAGUAGUAACAACGAUGCCUCCGAGGAAUCAGUUCCAAGACUUGAAUCAAACAAAAGUACUAUCGAACAAUCCGAAGAUACUAAUAAUAAGGAUGUUUUAUCGUCGGAUCAAGAAAUAACAAAAUGCGAGCACAAAGAGUACAAUUUGGCUAAACGAAUGUCGUGCAAAUGGAGCACAGGAGCUGGGCCGAGAAUCGGGUGCGUGAGGGAAUAUCCCGCGGAGUUACAAUUCCGAGCGCUCGAACAAGUCAACCUCUCCCCCCGUUUGGUCAACGGCCCAUUCAGCAAUUACGGCCCGAUCCCAUCGCCCCGGCCCAGCCCUAAGAUCCGUUUGUCUCCUAGGGUUGCGUAUAUCGGAUUGCCGAGCCCGAGGACCCCUAUUUCAGCGACUAGCUGAGGCGAAAACGAAAGUAAAAAACGGGGUACGACGAAUAAAUAAAGCAGAGGAUAUAUAUAUAUAUAUAUAUAGUUAGAUUGACCUCUUUGCAUGAGCAACUAAGUAAGUUAACUCAAAUGUUUAUUUAUUUUAUUUAAUUUAGUUUUGUAAAUGGCUCAUUUGCAUGCCAAAUUGGAAUUAGGUUAAUCUUUUGUGUGUGGAAGCUGUGAAUUAGACAAUUGCGAUUCUUUAAUUUGUCAUAUAAUAAUUUCAAUUAAUUAAUUGUAUUUGUGACUAAUGUUUAUUGACUUUUUGGAGGGAAUUUUUUUUAA